UUCGUAGAUUGUAUUGGGAGAGGAUUGAGGUCCGUUAAUGCCCGGAAUCCUGCUGGGCGGAUCUCGCAGCCGCGUAGCGCAGGGCCCGAGAGGCCCUCGGGACCCGCUUCUUUCCCUGUAGAAGUCCAGGGAUGGGGUGGGGAAAAACAGCGUCGCUGUCCAGGGUUCUGAUCGGCCGAAAUGCGCCGGGAGUGCGCUGCCAAGACAAACUUCAUCUAGUCCACCUCUGAGUUUUGAUGGGAACCUCUGUCAGUUCUUGUCGGGGAUGGGGAGCUGAGUCUGUGGGUCGAACCUCAUAGGUUUCUGGGGUCAAUGCAGCUCCCAGAGCUGGGCUGCUUGUGCUAAGGUUUCUCCCGCAUAGAUACACAAGUGAACCUGGAACAUGCUGGCGGAGAUGGUCGGGACCCCAGCCUCACCUCGCUUCACAGCCACUGAACUACAGGAGCGCACAGGGCGCACCAGCGGGGAGUUGCUGCGUAGGUCAGAAGGGAAUCCGAGGGGGCUUUUAGCAGACUCAGGAGCGCAAAAAGGGCAUCCGAACAGGCUCUUUAAAGGGUUGCAGAGUUGGGUGCCUCUGAGGGAGAUAGGGAGAGAGACGGAGACAAGCACUCGUGAGCCAGCCUCUUGGCUUGGGGCUUAGAAAAGGUCUGCUCCCCGGACUCCAGGCCUCUUCAAGUAGUGGGAAACCACGCGCUCGGCUCCGGCUGGUCCCUGCCAGCUACCUCACCCGCCUCCCGGACCUGCAGCGUUCUCCCAGGCUGGCCUCCUGGACUCCCGGAAUCCGCGCCCUGGCAAAUCUGGCUCCGCGGAGUCUCCGUGAACAGAGCCAGAGUUUUCAGCGGUUUCUUGCUAGCGGCUGGGCGGGACUCUGGUGUCCGGAUGGCUGAACCCAGGAGGGUCCGCUUCCGUGAAACAGGUCACGACUUGCCUCAGUUGGAGCGGUGCGGUGUCUUCCUGGGGGCUGUUUUCGGAGGGAUGUCCAUUGCGAGCCAGGGCCCUAGCACUCAGCCCUUCAAGUGGACGCUACUCGCCCCGGGGCGCAUGUCCGUGAGUGGGCCCGCCAGGCCUUUUGUUUCCAACGCGCUGCGUCUUUAAGAUCGAGGCAGGAUUCCGGCCCGGGCAGGGACUCGACCCACCGCCUCGCCAAAGCUCCCGAACGCAGCAUUAGAAUGUUUAUAAAAUAUUCAAUUUAUGUAGUCUGUCCAAGAAGCCAUCGUCCCAAAAAUAAAAUCAGCAGUCUAGACGGAACACAGACACCAGAACUUAUCAACAGUUGUCUGACUUGCAUCUUCUGAUGCAUCUUGAGUGGGUCAUAAUACCAACUUUAUUUUCAGUGGUGCAUAAAUUAAUUACACGCAUUUAAUAACCAAAAUAUCAUUAUAUUCCCCCUUUAAUAUCAUAAAGGCUUUCCGCCAGGGAAGCACUUAAUAGUGCAGGGGGCCGUAACGGGCUAUUAUCCUGGUGUAAUGCUAUUACAGAACCAAUUAUGCGCCAUUAGACUUGCUUUUUUUGCAGUUUAUGUGAUUUGAUCCAAUCCCGCGCCCCUGACUUGAAAAUUUCAGCCCGGUACUUUAGAGUUUAAUUUUCACCCAGGCAGAGAGAAGGGCGGUCUCUCUCCGCUGAGUGUCUGCCUCCGAUGCAUUUUAAAAGUAAUUGCGAAGGGUCCCACCGCAUAUCAUUUGCAUGGAGAAGCGAACAUAAAUUCAAGGACCCCUUGCUGAGAACAAAAUCAAACUUUCCUUUUGUACGAUCGCUUGGAAAGGGAAGCCGUGUGCAGAGUCCCCCCAAAACCCAUCCGGCGGCGACAAUUAGCACCGCUUUGUCAAUUUGCAGCCCGGGAGUCGCCAGGCCUCUGACAAGGGCGAACCCAAAUCCAUUCUCUCCUGGAGAAAGAAGCCAGGCCGGAGCUACGCGCGCCCGUCGGUCCCGCCGCCACCCACCCAAGUCCGGCCGCCUAGUCCAUCAGACCGUCGGCGAUGUUUUAUUUCCACUGUCCGCCACAGCUAGAGGUAGGCACGGCACCCUUUGGCAACCACUCUACAGGGGAUUUUGAUGAUGGGUUUCUGCGAAGAAAACAGCGAAGGAACCGGACGACCUUCACCCUUCAGCAGCUGGAAGCUCUCGAGGCAGUCUUUGCCCAAACACACUACCCAGAUGUCUUCACCAGAGAAGAGCUAGCCAUGAAAAUAAACCUCACAGAAGCCAGAGUGCAGCUUGCCAAUAGCUGCCUAAAGACUGAACUGCAAAUUGAGAUAAAUGACACAAUUAUUGAACAUUCAGAAGUGGAAGAUCAUAACUUCUCCCUGAAAGGUGCAAGGGUUUGGUUCCAGAACCGAAGAGCCAAGUGGAGGAAAACAGAGAGAGGAGCCUCCGACCAGGAACCAGGUGCCAAGGAGCCCAUGGCAGAGGUGACGCCACCACCAGUGAGAAACAUCAACUCCCCGCCCCCCGGGGACCAGGGCCGGAACAAGAAAGAGGCGCUGGAGGCCCAGCAGAGCCUGGGGCGAACUGUGGGUCCUGCUGGUCCCUUCUUCCCCUCCUGCUUGCCAGGGACCCUCCUGAACACAGCCACCUACGCCCAGGCCUUGUCACACGUGGCCUCCCUGAAGGGGGGUCCGCUGUGUUCUUGCUGUGUCCCAGAUCCCAUGGGGCUCUCCUUCCUGCCCACCUAUGGCUGCCAGAGUAACCGCACAGCCAGUGUGGCUGCCCUGCGCAUGAAAGCCCGUGAGCACUCGGAAGCCGUCCUGCAGUCGGCCAACCUCCUGCCGUCCACCAGCAGCAGCCCCAGCCCUGCUGCCAAGCCAGCUCCCUCCGACAGCAGCCAGGACAAGACCCCUCCCACCAAGGAACAGAGCGAGGGAGAGAAGAGUGUAUGAGGGUCCAGAGUGCCCCAGCCUGCCGUGUCCUCCUCCCUGCCCUCCUGCUUCUCCCAGCCUCAGCCCUGCAAACUCUGACAGCAAGGAGAAGCCUGCUGCCUGGGGCUCGUGGACCCAGGAAAGGAUAUCAAGACCCACAGCUCCCUGGGUGCCUGGGGAGUCUGACAGUGGGGCUGGCUUCUUGGGUGACAGGUCCUGACGGCACUUGUAGCAUCGGAGUCCCUUCUGUGAUGAGACCCCUGAGUUCCCAUCCAGACCUACAAGUCUUGGAGGGGAGGCAGAUUUGCUUGCCCAUCACCUUUCCUGUCCCGUUCCAGGGCCACCGUUGCAGGUCUUCUCGACCCCAAGAACUAUGGCAGGGCCCUCCUUGAGAGACGUCCAGGGCUGACGUCUUAGGAUCUGAAAUGGGACUGUCCCCAUGGCAUUGGUUCAGAACCACAGAACUGGUAGAAUCUCAAACAACUCUUGGCUCAGGCUCGACUAGCAGUGAACCCUUUUCUCUUAUUGGGGGUUAUGGGUUGUAGGCUUGGUUAGAAGGGGAGAACACGUGGGGUGGGAAAGGGCUGAUAGGACAUAGCCUGCUCCAGGGGUACAUGGUGCUCGCUCCUAGCAGAUCUCACUUGGGCACAUCUGGCUGGGCGAAUCAGACUGGCCACGGGUUCCAUGAAGUGGGGGCCACCAUCUUGAUACUGGGGGCAAGUGGGGGUCCCCACAACUGAAUCAUCCACCUGCGGGUUCUGCCUCUCUCCUGGAAAGACCUGGAGGUUGGUGGAGAAGUUGAUCAACUGGAAGGCAACUCUCUUGCCCAGGAAAAGGUGAGAGCCCUUGGAGGGGAAGAAGCCCCUAGCAACACCUCUGAAACACUACGUCUGGAUGAACCACCUUCCCCAAAUCCCUGGCACCUGGAGGGGAUCUCCAGUGGUGAUGCUUUUUUUUUUGUUUGUUUUUUCUUUUAAACUGGGGAAAUCAAAUGUAGGAAAUGAGACUGAAAUGGCACGUGUGCUGAGAUGAAGCCCGGGGAAGACGGCUUCCUUGUGGUGUGAAGAGAAUUAAUUCUAAAGGGCCAGAUUUCAUGGAGAUCUCUGUUUCCAUCCAGAGUGGCCAUUUCUCCCGUGUGGAUGGUAACCUCGAAGAGAUUGAAGGGGAAUUGUGCAAUAGCAUGAGCCCCGCCCCUUGCCCCAUACCUGAAAGGUUAUGGGAUUUUGGUGGCUUUUGCUGAUGGUGUUUCCAUGCAAACUGUCAUUGUUUUUAUGAUGAUUGCUUUCAUUUCAGUUGUAAUCAAAACGUUAUACUUUCAGAUCCCCCCUUUUUAGCCUCCCCCGGAACCCCCAUACCCUGAGUGUAUCGUGCCUGUCUAUGAUUACUGCAAAGCAUUUGAUAAAACAUACUGUCUCCUUUAAAGAAAAAAAAAAUCAAACCCUUCUUCCUGCUGUAUUUUGCUUGUUGAGUACAAAGAUGAAACGAUUUGCCAAAAAGCGGCAAAGUCGCUUCCGUUUCCCUGUAAUUACGAAUGUUGGGUUGAGCGAUGUAAGCUCAAGCCCUUACGCACACUAACUCUUCAAUCUAAUUGUUUGAUUAAACUCGUAUUUCCUCCAGAAAGGUACAUAAAUAAGUGAACUGUUGGGCAAAUUAAGAAUACUUAACAGCAUUGCAUCCGAAAAGUAGUUACGCUGAUUAAAUUUUGUGUCCUUGAGGACUUUCAGGAAAUUACUUUUGAUCGUCAAUAACACAAUUAAGUAAACUACACACACAUUAGCAUGAAUAAUUGAUAAGAAAUUAUGUAUUACCACGAAGCACUGAUUUAAUAAUUCAUGACGCGACACUCUAGUGACUGUGCAAAACUGGAUAACAUCGAAAAGUCUGCCUGACGUUACGGAAAGAAAGGAAAAAAGCAAGCGCCAGACCUCUGCAGAGAUAUUGAGUACUUAGUUUUGUUGUACAGAGGCAAAAAAAGUAACCGAUGCAUGAUGUAGUUUCUGUUUGUUUAAAUACCCAAAUAAAUUUAGAAGAGUUAAAAG